AUGGGAAGUGAAGAAAAGAAGAAUUCUCUGCAAGUUUUUUGCAUAGGAACGGCUGAUACAAAGCUCGAAGAGAUCCGAUUCCUUGCGGAGUCCGUUCGAUCCCGUCUCCGCUCCUUUUCCAAUUCUUCUUCCUCCCAGGUGCAAGUGACGGUUAUUGAUGUUUCAGCCGGUCCGAAGGAGAUUGAGAGCUGUGGGGAUUUCAAAUUUGUGCCAAGAAAAGAUGUCCUCUCUUGCUAUUCAAUGUUUGGGGGCCAAUUUUCCAUCAAGCUUCCUGAUGAUAGAGGCAGAGCCGUUACAAUAAUGAAUAAAGCACUAGAAAAUUUUCUAAAGAAAGCUCAUGCUGAUGGUGUUCUUGCUGGAGUUAUUGGGCUGGGAGGCAGUGGAGGAACGUCUUUAUUAUCAUCAGCUUUCAGGUCUCUUCCAAUUGGAAUACCCAAGCUCAUUGUAUCGACUGUGGCCAGCGGUCAAACUGAACCUUAUGUUGGGACGUCGGAUUUGAUAUUGUUUCCAUCCCUGGUUGAUAUUUGUGGCAUUAACAAAGUGAGUAGGGUUGUGUUUUCUAAUGCCAGUGCUGCUUUUUCUGGAAUGGUGAUUGGAAGGGUUGAGAUAUCUAAAGAGUCUCCACGUGAUAAUGAAAAGUGUACAGUUGGUCUAACAAUGUUCGGGGUUACAACUCCAUGUGUAAAUGCCAUCAAAGAAAGGUUGAUUGAAGAAGGAUUUGAGACCCUGGUUUUUCAUGCCACUGGAGUAGGGGGCAGGGCUAUGGAGGACCUUGUUAGAGAAGGUUUUAUACAGGGUGUUUUGGACAUCACUACAACAGAGGUCGCAGACCACGUAGUUGGAGGUGUCAUGGCCUGCGAUGGUAACCGCUUUGAUGCCAUAACAGAGAAGAAGAUCCCUUUAGUUCUGAGUGUGGGAGCCUUGGAUAUGGUGAAUUUUGGUGCCAAAGUUACCAUACCUUCAAAAUUUCAGCAAAGAAAGAUUCAUGAGCACAAUGAGCAGGUUUCACUGAUGCGGACUACAGUAGACGAAAACAGGAAAAUUGCUGGCUUUAUAGCAGACAAAUUGAACAACUCAUCAUCAAAGAUUCAUGUUUGCCUGCCAGAAAAAGGUGUUUCUGCUUUGGAUGCACCAGGAAAGCCCUUUUAUGAUCCUGAGGCUACUGGUAGUCUUUUAGAUGAACUACAGAAGCUUAUUGAGAUCACUGAAGAUCGGCAGGUUAAAGUGUAUCCUUAUCAUAUUAAUGACACUGAGUUCGCCAAUGCAUUGGUCGACUCUUUCUUAGAGAUUUUUAAGAGUUGUGAAGACACCAGUAAUAAUCAAGCUAUUUGUCAACCCAAUCAAGCUCUUCAAGAAGAUAAUUCUGCUUCCAGGAUAAACUCUGGUAAUGGGGCCAUCUCUUACAUCCUGAGUGACUUCCCUGAUGCGAAACCAGAAACCUUAAAAAGAACACAAGUGAUACUGCAGCAAUUGAAGGAUCAAAUAAGUGAGGAGAAACCCAUUAUAGGGGCUGGUGCAGGGACGGGCAUAUCUGCAAAGUUUGAGGAAGCUGGCGGUGUGGAUCUGAUUGUCUUAUACAACUCAGGGCGCUUUCGGAUGGCAGGAAGGGGUUCCUUAGCUGGUUUGUUGCCCUUUGCUGAUGCAAAUGCAGUAGUAUUGGACAUGGCUAAUGAAGUGUUACCUAAACCCAUUAUAGGGGCUGGUGCAGGGACGGGCAUAUCUGCAAAGUUUGAGGAAGCUGGUGGUGUGGAUCUGAUUGUCUUAUACAACUCAGGGCGCUUUCGGAUGGCAGGAAGGGGUUCCUUAGCUGGUUUGUUGCCCUUUGCUGAUGCAAAUGCAGUAGUAUUGGACAUGGCUAAUGAAGUGUUACCUAUGCUCUACUCAUCGAUCACAAUGCCCUCGUCUGAGUUAUGUCCUAUAUCUGGUCCUAAAGAGGCAGAAUUUGUACUAAAGAGAACCAAGGGAGUUCAUGGGUUUUAUGGUGCAUCUAGUUUGGAGAGGCUGCCAGUUGAACAAGCUAUAACAACCACUGUUCAGCAGUACAAAUCAAUUUCUAUGAAGUGA